UGUGACCUGGUGUCAGUCCAACCUUCGCUGCCAAAGCCAGCUUUCUGAUGAGGAAAUCAGAAUGUCACUGACCCCUCAGGACCGGCUUCCUCCGGGCUUUGGCGCGACUCUGUUCCCCAGCAGCGCAGGUGAAGGGCGGCGGGUGGGUGGGGGCCGGCGGGCCGGCCUGGGUGGCUGCCUGCGCGCCUGCGCCCUCGGCCGCUCCUCUCGGGCGCGUCUCUGCGCGCGUGUGUCUGUUUGGAGAGGAGGAGAGGCUCGGCAGCAUCACAAAGGCGCGCCGCAGGAUGCAACCCCGUGCAGCGGAGUCCGGCUCUUUCUCACCUGCCGGGUGUGGGAUGGCGAGAGCGGCCCCAACGCGUGCACACCGGAUGCGCGCGCGCGCACGCGUGUGUGUGGCCGCGCCCGCACCCCGGGCCCACGCUCGCCGCGUGCGCUCAGCAAACAGCACGCUUCCCCGCGCGUUCGCCCGCCCGCGAGUGCCCAGCGGGCUCCGUGUGAGCCGGAGCCCUUCAGGUCCAAGAGUUUGCCGGCCCUGAGCAGCGCCCCCUGCCGGCCCAGCCGCCGUCCCGCGAGUGUAGACGUCCCGGAGGCGGAGCAGGGCCCGGACCCGUUGGCGCCCAGCCCCUCCGCCCCGUCCACUUCGGCGGCGAUGGCGGGGCCCGUGGGCUGUGGCCACGGGGCGGACGUCGGCAAGGCCGUCUCGGCGUCGCCCCCGCUGGCCACGCCGCCGGAGAGAAGGUGCCUCUACGCGGUCCUCACCGACUCCCGCUGCUUCCUGGUCUGCAUGUGCUUUCUGACCUUCAUCCAGGCGCUGAUGGUCUCCGGGUACCUGAGCAGCGUGAUCACCACCAUCGAGAGGCGCUACAGCCUCAAGAGUUCCGAGUCGGGGCUGCUGGUCAGCUGCUUCGACAUCGGGAACCUGGUGGUGGUGGUGUUCGUCAGCUACUUCGGCGGCCGGGGUCGGCGGCCCCUGUGGCUGGCCGUGGGCGGACUCCUCAUCGCCUUCGGGGCGGCCCUCUUCGCCUUGCCCCACUUCGUCUCGCCUCCCUACCAGGUCCAGGAGUUGAACGCCUCGGCCCCCAACGACGGCCUGUGUCAGAACGGCAACUCCACGGCCGCCUCGGAGCCCCCCGCCUGCCCCAAGGACUCGGGAGGCAACAGCCACUGGGUCUAUGUGGCUUUGUUCGUUUGCGCACAGAUCCUCAUUGGAAUGGGCUCCACGCCUAUUUACACCCUGGGACCCACCUACUUGGAUGACAACGUCAAGAAAGACAACGCCUCCUUGUACCUAG